CAUUGCCGAAAGUAUCCGGUCGUACCCUGAUCGCAUUGGUGCUGUUUCUCUUUGGUAUUCCUGCUCAGUAUUCAGAUAUUUAAGUACAGCUGUUCUGCUGUCUACUGCGCCUUGAAACAACAAUCCUUCACUCGCAGAUACAUCAGCGUUGAACGUUGCUGCCGCGGAUGAUGGUCCGCCGCUCACCCAGCACCGCGCCCGGAUGAGGACCAACUUCAGCGCGUGGCAGUUGGAGGAGCUGGAGCGAGCGUUCCGGGUGACACACUACCCCGAUAUCUUCAUGCGUGAAGCCCUGGCGUACAGAAUGGAGCUGACAGAGGCUAGAGUGCAGGUCUGGUUCCAAAACCGCCGAGCAAAGUGGAGGAAACAACAGAGGUCAUCGGGCUGCCGGGAGCUUGGAUGUUGUGAUCAUCACGCCAGUGACAGCUCAAACUCCACCACAGCGCCAGGGAAGACUUCCAGCCCGUACUUACAGGUCAUGCCUCCUGUUCUCAAUUCACCAGAAUCAUUGCAGCGCAUCCCUAACACAGUGUUUGGAGCUUGGCCUUUCUCCAGAGAGGUACAGUUGCGAUGCAGUAUAUCUUCGCUGAGAGAGAAAGCAAGGCACUUCUACACCAACGUCAGCAGCAAUGGACACUUUUCAUAUAACCCAUUCCAGUGAGCAAGAGCGAAGGACCACACCGUCAAAUAGCACCAGCGACAGAGGAUGGAAUGAACACUUCAGAAGGACGUUUUACAUAGUUUGGUUUCUGAAUUACCUCGCUUUAAACAACAAACCAUAAACCAUAACGCUGUCCUGUGAUCUUUGGCCUACAUUGUUCAUUGUACUACUUAUCUGAAAACAUACCAAAUAGAAUGAUUCUAUUAUUAGCUGGCCAUUGGCCUGGUCACCUUGGGGAUGUCUUUCGGACCCUCUGAACUGACGAUUGGAUGGUCACAGUGUUUAAUCUGCCUGAUUACUCAUUGUCGGCGUCGUGGAUAAGCAUCCAUGGUAUCAGCCAUGAAUGGUCGGACUCGAUUUCGCAUGGGUCUCCGCCAUACAGAUGGUAGAUGUUGACUGUGAACCUGCCAGGUUGAGGUGAAAUGGUUUAAAGAUCAUUGUCCAAGAUCGUCUCCAAGUUUACUACACUCAGACAGCGACAUGCAUGCACAUGUGUAUGUGUGUGUUUUGUGUACUUUACACGCUCCUAUCGGUUUUGCAGUGCUAGCUAACUGACUCUAAACCACCAGUUCUUAAUUUAUUCCUUCAGUGCAGAGAGCCAGGAAGGAUAGCUAAAGUACCACCUUUUUGCAUACAUCGGUAUGACGAGGCUGUGUCAGAUCAACCAAUAUGUUCUAAGUAAUGGCCUUCAUAAAUGUAGAUGGUCUCGAUAACAAAUACUUGGGCUUGACGAAGGGGAUCCCGGAGUACUGGGUAUUCUAAACUGCAGAAAAUUCAAAACGCAGCAGCUCGUGUGGUCUCUCGAACCCAUCGC